AUGCCGAAGACUAGAUCUCAGAGGAAUGUGGAUGGUUCUGAGGGGAACGGACAGGGUGACCCUCAGCGCGCCCACCAGGAUACUGUCGUAGGAAAUGAAAGGAUUGAACUCUCGCGGAUCUCGCCGGAACAGCUGGUGCAAUCAGUAGCCGCGAACUUGCCUACUUUUGAGGCUAUUGUGACAUACUUGAAGGGACAAGCCGGAGUCCCUCCCAGCCCGAAACGUCGGGUGGAGGUUCCUCACAGGAAAGAGGAAUACCAGAUCCAGGACGAACUGGACCUCUUGCUGGAUCCAGAGGCGGAUAGGUACACUGCCUCUCCCUUCGUGCCAGAUAUCGAAGACUAUCCUCUGCCUGCUAAGUUCAAAAUACCGUCCAUGAAAUCCUAUGACGCGACCACAGAUCCGGAGGAUCACUUGUUCGCGUUCCUGACUCAGAUGCGUCUGCAGACAGCUGCUGAUGCGGUCAGGUGCAAGACCUUUCCCAUGUUCUUGGAAGGGAAAGCCCGACAGUGGUUCCAGGGGUUGCCUCCCAGGUCAGUUCGGUCGUUCAGCCAGCUAGCGCGGCUGUUCGCGGCCCAGUUCAUCUCCUCGCGCGCCUAUUCUAAAAUCACGGCUCAUUUAAUGACUGUUCAUCAAGGGUCGGAGGAGUCAUUGCGCGAGUAUAUGGUACGCUUCAAUAAUGAAUCCCUUCAAGUGCGGGACCGAGAUGACAAGGUGGUGAUGGCUGCCUUUGUCAAUGGGUUGCGCAAGCAGAAGUUGUAUACGGAAUUUGUAGAAAGACCUCCCAAGUCCGUCCGGGAGAUGCUAGAUCGAGCUCACGAGAAGGCGAAUGCCGAGGAGGCCAAUCGGUUGAAAGGCGCCCAGGAAAGGUUGCGGGAUGACAAGCGCAGGAAGGGCGCCGACCUGGGGGAGUCACGGCCAGGUCAGGGCCGAAAGAGCGCACCCGAGCGCUUGCCUCGGAGCCGACCAUGGGAGAAGGAAAAGACCUGGACCUCGCUCACCGCACCCAGAGCUCGGGUUUUGGCCGUAAUGGAGCAGCAAGGGAUCUCGCGUCCUCCUCGGCCGUUGGGGAGCGACAAAACCCAGCGCGACCGGGGCUUGUAUUGUGCUUACCACAGGGACGUCGGGCACGAUACGGAGGACUGUCGACACCUCAAGAAGGAGAUCGAAAAACUGAUACGAAGAGGUCAUCUCGGGCAGUUCGUCCGUGACGGGCGAGCAGAUCAGAAGCAAGGGGGGUUCAAGCGAGAUCGGACGGCUAGCUCGCACGACCGACCUCGAGGUCCCCGUGAUCGUACUCCGGAGCAGGGGGUUCAGAACCUAGCAGGAGUAAUCAACACCAUUGCAGGGGGACCUGCUGGGGGAGAUAGCCAUACGGCUCGGCGAAACAACCGGCCUCCCCCCAGUGGGGAGAACUCGCAUAAACGAUUAAAGAUGUACGAGGAGAUCAUCUAUGGGCCAGAGGACGCGGUACCCUUAGCCUCCAAUAACCAUGAAGCAAUUGUGAUAGAAGUUAUCACGUGUAACUACAAGGUAAAGAAGGUGUACAUCGACAAUGGGAGUGCCAUCGAUGUGCUGUAUUACAAAACCUUCAAGGAAUUGCAGCUGGAAGACAAGCAGCUCAUCCCAGUUCGGACUCCUUUGAUAGGUUUUGCAGGUCCGCCGGUUAGACCAGAGGGAAUGAUAACCCUCAUGGUCACGGUAGGGGAGUCACCGAAGUGCCGAACUGUUCCGGUGAAUUUCGCGAUAGUGAAGGAGCCGUCUUCCUACAAUAUGAUACUAGGGCGACCAACCCUAAACGCACUCCGAGCUGUCUGUUCGACCUUACACCUCAGCAUGAAGUUCCCAACGUCCGAAGGGGUGGCCGAAGUGCUGGGAGACCCGGAGGUAGCUCGGGCCUGUUACAUCGCAACCCUCAAAGGCAAGGAGAAGCUGGUGGCCCAGACAACUUGCCUGGAGCCCUGGGAGCCUGCUGAAAAGGAGGAUAGGUUGGAGACGGAUGAGAGUUUGGUUGAACUGCCCAUCCGCCCGAGCGACCUGAUCGCAUGGUGA